AUGUUUCCUAAGCGUCUGCGGAAUCAUCCACAUAUUCGAACCUUGUAUCGGGAACUUCAGCAGGCCCGUGAGCAGGACCUUGAUCAAGUAAAUGAAAACAUCGACAGAGAGAUCCAGCAGGGUGAGCGCCAAAAAGCAGAACUCCGAAAAGCCAGCAUGGCAGCAGGAGUCGAAGCAACCAAUGAUGAUGAGCAGCGGGAGAUAGAUAUGGAUCUCCAUCUGUUUGGACAGAACACCACUGACCCUGAAGAUUAUCAUUCCGUGGAUAGUCUCUUGGCGGAGAUGGAGGUUGCAUGUGCACACAUUGAACGAGAAAUCUCCAGUGUGGACGAAGAAGCCAAUGGUCUUAUGACGGAGCUGUAUUCUACAGUUGGAGAUCUCAGUGACCUUCGCUAUGGCAAAUUCCAAGGCCCAAGCUCGGCUAGCGAUGUUGCCAGAGAAGCUAUCAAGGGUCUGCAGCAUUUGGAAGAUUCGUGUUAUCAGAAGGCUAUGCCAGGUGCAUCUUGA